GUUUCUUUUUCAAUCUCUCUCUCUCUUUCUCUCUCUCUCUCUCUCUCUACUCAACCCUGCAAGUGCAAGUUUUUAAUGGUUGCGUGAAAAAGAAGUUUGGUAUAUUGGUGUUUUUUUGAUAUUACUCUGUUUUCCUCGAAAUGGGCAAGAAAGAACAGCAACAGCAGAGAGAUCACAAAAACAAACAGAGAGUUGAAGCUGUUCUCGAGCUUCUAAGAAAACAAGCUCCACUCACAGUGAAACAGGAGAAGUUCUGCAACAAUGCUUGCGUAGAACGGUUUCUGAAAGCAAAAGGUGAUAAUGUGAAGAAGGCUGCUAAGCACUUGAGGGCUUGCCUUUCUUGGAGAGAGAGUAUAGGCACUGAGCAACUAAUAGCAGACGAGUUCUCAGCUGAGCUCGCUGAAGGACUUGCCUAUGUGGCUGGCCAUGAUGAAGAAUCCAGACCUGUUGUGAUAUUUCGCAUUAAGCAAGAUUACCAAAAAUUCCAUUCACAGAAACUGUUUACUAGGCUGCUGGUUUUUACACUUGAGGUGGCCAUAGGAACCAUGGCAAAAAACGUUGAACAAUUUGUAAUCCUCUUUGACGCAAGCUUUUUCAGAUCAGCAUCGUCUUUUAUGAACUUGUUACUGGCAACAAUGAAAAUUGUGGCUGAGUACUAUCCAUGCAGGCUUUACAAGGCUUUCAUAAUAGACCCGCCUUCCCUCUUUUCUUAUUUAUGGAAGUGGUUGCAGGGUGUCCGUCCGUUUGUUGAGCUAUCAACGGUCGUUAUGGUGGUUUCAUCGCUAGACUUCGAAGAGUCAUUAGAGUACAGUGACUUCUCCAUCUACCCACGAGCCUCAUCCCUCCGAUUUGAUCCUUCGUCUAUCAAAUCAACGGCCAAGAUUGGUUCAUGCUCUUCGUCAAGAUUUUCCUUCACUGUGUCUCAUAGUUUUGACUCCCUCAAACCUUGGCACCUAACCUUGACGGACAUGUCAGCAUCCAAACUAGGACCCACUACUACCAGCUCUUCUCCUAUGGGCCCAGCUUUGGUCUCCCCGGUUAACGCCAGGUCUCUCUCCUUUGCAUCACCGGUUGCUAGAACGCCACUCAAGAACAGAAUAAACGUUGGAAGCUAUGGCAGCGGCAGGGGCAGGUUGUUCUCAUCAACGCCACUACCACAGCGAGUCACCGCAAGUGAGCCUAUCAAAAUUUCUCAUCCGCGGACCCCACGUCCAUCGUUCCUCCAGUCACCGGCCUUGUUUUUCAAGAAGGAGUGCCACAUCAACCGGACUGACAAGUCUCAGGAGUCGUUCUUGCCCUUUUUGAAGCUCUAUAGGCGGCCGUACGAUGAGAUGAUGUACAGGUCAAAGAUGCGGCCCCCACUUGGUGGCCUGGUUUCCAUUGUCUCUUCUCACCUUAAACACCGCCACAUGUCCGUAUCGCAACGGUUCUAAACGAAGAGUUUGUAAGCCACAUGCAAACAGACAAACCAGAAAACAGAGAGAAAGAGAGUACACAAGAGUGUUUAGUAUAUUUUAGUAUUACAUUGACAAAGUGUCAAAUGUUGUCAAAUGUCAAUGGCAAUGACACAAGAACUAAUAAUUGAUUAAUUAUUUCUUGAAAUUAUGCUUAAUUAAUUUAUAUGGUGGUGCAUUGAUUGACCAAAGUAAUUAAGAAGAGACUACGUGCGAGGCGGGUUAUGAAUCCUUGUGCACCAUCUCUGAUUUUGAGCUCUGUAGUCUAAGAAAUACAAAUAUAAAUCAACAUUGUUGGCUGGUGAGGCAUGGGACGAAGAUAGCGUGGUCGAAACGGUGAGCAUUGCAUUGGAAAUAUUAUCUAUCACAAAAACCAUGCAAAAGCGUUGAGAAGAUCUCUGUUUCAAAUCACAAAUAUAUAAUUAUGUUAGGAGAAUCUAUGACUUGUUUUUGUUGGAUUUUUAUAAUAAAAUUGACCCAAGUUUGAAAACUUUGGUUAUGUACUCUUGCAUUUGUAAAUGAGUAGUAAUUGUUAAUGAGUUGAUCAGUGCAUAUAGUUUUGUAAAAUAAUAGAUAGAUGGCAGAGUUGGUGGCAGGAACUUGUGUCUUGUUUUGUUGUUUGAGGGAAGUCA